UGUCCUCACACUCCAGGUCUUUCGAGAGAAUUAUCAGGAAUCAUUCGUUUGAUACAUCCUGAUCACUACGAUCUUUGACCAACACAAUGGCACCAAAGACUGGCCAUAUCAGCGAGCAGCCAAUUACCCUACGCAAUUGGGCCCAACAUAUCAAUUGGCUUAAUGUCACUUUCGUCGUUUUUCUUCCUUUGAUCGGCUGCGUAUCUGCACCUUAUGUCGAGCUCAAAUUCCCAACCUUGAUCUGGGCACUCGUAUACUACUUUUUCACCGGACUCAGUAUCACGGCCGGUUAUCAUAGACUUUGGGCACACAAGACAUACUCUGCCAGAUUGCCUCUUCAGAUAUUCCUAGCCCUCUUCGGCGGUGGUGCUAUCCAAGGCUCCAUCCGAAAGUGGUCCAGAGAACAUCGAUCCCACCAUCGAUACACAGACACGGAUAAGGACCCCUACUCAGUCAAGAAGGGAAUUGCCUACUCGCACAUGGGUUGGAUGGUCUUGAAACAAGACCCGAAGCGAAUUGGUCAUAGUGACAUUUCCGAUCUUUCGGAAGACGCUCUCGUCAGAUGGCAACACAAGCACUACUUCGCUGUCCUUCUCACUAUGGGCUUGAUACUUCCUACCCUAGUUGCUGGCCUUUGGGGAGACUUCGCAGGCGGCUUAAUAUAUGCAGGCAUUCUUCGAAUCUUUGCCGUGCAGCAAGCGACCUUCUGUAUCAAUUCCCUGGCCCAUUGGCUCGGCGACCAACCUUUCGACGACCGCGACUCGCCACGAGACAACUGGAUCACAGCUUUGGUCACACUCGGUGAAGGAUACCACAACUUCCACCAUCAGUUCCCUGUCGAUUACCGAAACGCAAUUGAAUGGCAUCAGUGGGAUCCUACCAAAUGGUGCAUCUACCUUUGGAGCAAAGUCGGACUUGCCUACAACCUGAAGCAGUUCCGAGCCAACGAGAUCGAGAAGGGUCGUCUGCAACAACAGCAAAAGAAGGUGGACCAAAUGAGAGCGAAGCUCGACUGGGGUAUCCCACUCAGUCAACUCCCUGUCCUCGAGUGGGAUGAUUUCACCGACCGAUGCGCCAAAGGAGAAGCUCUCAUCGCCGUCGGAGGCGUCAUCCACGACCUCGCAUCCUUCAUCGACGAGCACCCCGGUGGAAAACGUCUCAUCAAAGGAGCCAUUGGAAGGGACGUCACAGCGGAGUUCAAUGGAGGCGUCUACAACCACUCCAACGCUGCACAUAACUUGCUCUCCACCACACGCAUUGGCGUCCUUCGUGGCGGCUGCGAGGUCGAAAUUUGGAAGCGAAACUAUGACUCUCGCAAACUUGGAGAGAGGCCUAUGAUGUUUGAUAUGUAA